AUGGCGAUGAUGCCUGGACGGUUGGGUAUGGUCCCUGGAGCCAUCCCCGAAAAUCCCUUAAGUCUAUCAUGGCACGAUUCCGCUUGGAUACCAAUACUCAAUACUGCAAAUGUAAUGGACUAUUUCUCAGAACGUUCAAAUCCGUUUUUUGAUAGAACUUGCAAUAAUGAGAUUGUUAAGAUGCAACGCUUGACUCCCGACCAACUCCAAAACAUGACUGGGUUAGAAUAUGUUUUACUGCAUGUCCAAGAACCCAUUUUAUACGUAAUUAGGAAACAACACAGACACAGCCCUCAGCAAGUCACCCCGUUAGCCGACUAUUACAUUAUAGCAGGAGUUGUGUACCAAGCACCUGACUUAGCAAGUGUUCUAAAUUCCCGACUGUUAUCAGCAGUCCACCACUUACAGUCGUCAUUUGAAGAAGUUGCUAGCUUUGCAAGGUAUCACCCCAGUAAAGGCUAUUCUUGGGACUUCAAAUCACAGAAAAAUACCACAGACAAAGCCAAAAGCAAGGAUGAGAAACCAAGGGAAGAACCAAGUUCGCUGUUCCAGCGACAAAGAGUUGAUAUGCUGUUAGGCGAACUCAUCAAAAAGUUUCCUUUGCCUACACCACCACAACCUAAAACAACACCCGCUGCACCUAGUAGUAAAACUGGCGUCGAAAAUGGCACAAGUGAAAGCAAAGAGAUUAAAACCGAGAACGCACAGGAGAAGAUUAAACCGCCCCCAGAAAAGAAACCAAGGCUAAAUUAAAUUAAUAUUUCAUAUUUUCUUGUAUUAAAUUAAAUAAAUCAAUGAUCUGAGA